CAAACACUGGACUGCAACCCCAUACCUAUAUUUGGCGCCGCAGCUUGAGGGAUGAGAUCACUCAAUACUCACACACUGGGAUCCUUCUGUCAUUAGACACAAAACCCUAACUGAAACGACAUAGCAUCUCUUCCUCCUCUUAUUUUCCUGCAAUGGGCAAGACAAGGUCAGAUUCAAAGUCCGACAGCAAAUUCGAAAAGAAGGUUCAAUUCUAUUCCAAGGUGAAAGACGCUGUUACCUCUUUGAGUGCUCAAAAGUCCAUUACUAAGAAAAAGAGCAAACAACAAAGGCGGCAGAACAAAAAAUUGAAGGCAUAUAACCUAUCUUCACUUUUAGAGUCCCUUCCUGAGGUGAAUGCAUCACAAAAACCAGCUAAUGAGGAUAAAUUCAAACUUAAUUGUAAAUCAAGGCAGAAGUUAGUAUUGAAGGAAAGUGAUCGAUUUUCUGCUGUUCUAAAAGAUCCUAACUUUCAAGCAGACCCCUUUUCUGCCAUUCAUCAAUACUUACAGAACAAACAACCAGUAGUAGAGGAACAACCCAAGAAAAAAGUUAAAAAAAAUGGAUCCAAGAAGAAGAAGAAAUCAAAGGCUUUGAUUGGAUCACAAUCUAUGGAAAUGUAGUGACCAUGUGGCUGCUUUAAUGAUCUGCUUUUAUCAAGAUCCUAUAAUUCUAUUACUUCUGUAAAAGAUUAGAUUACUCAAAUUAUGAAUGCAAAAUAUCUUGAAUUUCUUAA